GAACACAGAAUCCUCGUGUGAGGCCUCACAGAAAUCAGCUGGAAGGAAGUGACCGCAGGUUCUGAUGGAAACUGAUCAGUCUCCCAGAGCAGGUCACACAGACUCUGCUGCUCCCUGCACACACUUGUCGUGUGGUGUGCGUCUGCGCCUCUUCCCCUCGACCGUCUGUUUGUUUGAUGAGUUUGUGCAAAUCACAGUGAGUGGGUUAAGGCCAAACCAGGAGGUGGAGCUCAGGGCCAGUGCCACAGACGACAGGGGCUCACUCUUCAGGUCCUGGGCCGUGUACCGGGCUGACUUCAGCGGGCAGGUGGACGUGUCCCGGAGCGCGUCCCUCAGAGGCUCCUACACGGGCGUCCAGCCCAUGGCUCUGUUCUGCACCAUGAAAUCUGUAAUUCCACACAAAGGAUUCUUCAAAAAACACGUCCUGAGCCCACACGAGGUCCACCUGACAGUGCACGACGGAGACCUGCUGCUGGCCCAAGAGACCAACUACAGGUGCAUCCUGGGAAAUGGAGUCCAGAGGCAGACAGUGACAGAGGCAGGCUUCACUGGGGUCCUCUUCACUCCUCCAGGUCCUGGACCCUUCCCCGCGCUGUUGGACAUCAGCACCUUCCUUUCAGAGACCAGGCCUUGUCUCUUGGCCAACAGGGGCUUUGUGGUUCUGACAGUGUCAGUGUACAGCCAGCAGAGGGCAGACAGGAGCAAAGAGCUGCACCUGGAUCAGUACGAGGAGGCAGUGCUCUACCUGCGCAAGCUCCACACGGUGGGCGGCGGUGCGGUGGGCGUGUUGGCGCGCUCUAAAGGGGCAGAUGUGGCUCUGUCUCUGGCUGCGUUCGUGUCGGGCGUCGGCGCCGUCGUCUGGAUCAACGGCUGCAGCGCCAACGCGGACGUUCCUCUGUUCUACCGACAGAGGGCGCUGCUCCCCGCGCUCAAACCCGACUCGUCCAAACGCAUCAAGACCGAGUCUGGGGUUUUGGUCCUGAAAGCCACGCUGCCCGUCCCUCGGUCUGAGCAGCUCCUGCCGACUCUGAUCCCCGUGGAAAAGGCCGAGGCUCAGCUGCUGUUCGUGGCGUCGGGCGACGACCUGAACUGGGACAGCGCCGGGUUCAUGGAGCAGGUCGUCGAGCGUUUAAAACUUCACGGAAAGAACAACUAUGAGGCCAUUUUGUUCCCUGGGGCCGGACACUUGCUCGAGCCUCCGUUUUCUCCCUUUGUUGAUUCGUCGUUUCACGGGAUCGCGAGGGUGGUGGCGCUGUGGGGGGGGGUCGCGCCGCUUCACGCCGCCGCCGAGCUCCACCUGUGGAUGAAGAUUCAGAAGUUUUUCAGAACAAACCUGAGAUGUGAAGUUAACGCUGACCAGAUUAGCGCUAAACUGUAGCCUGGGCGUUUGUGUCCGCGAGCAGGUUCAGGUUCAGACGACGUCACAUUUUUAAAGACGCUCUCUAUUGAACGUCUGCAGUCGAUAAAUCCGAGUCAUUUCUCCUGACUGACAUUGUAAAUGUGUUUUAUUGCAACAGUCGGGAAAAUAUAAACUCCUGAGAAAGUUUAAUGUUUAUUUUGUUCGAUUUUGAACACCACAGUCUGUAGAAGCACAUUUGGGACGGGCUCCGUAAAUCUCACUUUUACAUGUUCAGAAAAAAACUUGUGUCGACUGUUGGAUGAUGUGAAAGAAAAUCUGAGCGUCACUACAGACGAACAGAUGAACAGAUGAACAGACGAACAGAUGAAGAGACGAACAGAUGAAGAGACGAACAGAUGAACAGACGAACAGAUGAACAGACGAACAGAUGAACAGAUGAA